AUGAUCUUAGUAAAUAUAAAGAUAGCUGAGAUUUCCACUGAGACCAGUACAUACAAAUGGCGAUUCAUUUCAGAGUUCAAGGAGGCGUUCAGCCUGUUUGACAAGGACGGCGAUGGAACCAUUACCACCAAGGAGCUGGGAACGGUCAUGAGGUCCCUGGGACAAAACCCGACUGAGGCCGAGUUACAGGACAUGAUCAACGAAGUUGACGCUGACGGAAACGGUACCAUAGAUUUUCCAGAGUUCCUGACAAUGAUGGCCAAGAAAAUGAAGGACACUGACAGUGAAGAAGAAAUCAGGGAAGCGUUCCGCGUGUUUGACAAGGACAUGAUCAAUGAGAUGGAUGCUAACGGCAACGGUACAAUUGAUUUUUCGGAGUUUCUCAAGUCAAUGGGUAGAAAGGUCGACGAGGAAGAGCUGAGGGCCGCCUUCAAGCAUUUCGAUAAGGACAUGAUCAACGAAGUUGACGCUGACGGAAACGGUACCAUAGAUUUUCCAGAGUUCCUGACAAUGAUGGCCAAGAAAAUGAAGGACACUGACAGUGAAGAAGAAAUCAGGGAAGCGUUCCGCGUGUUUGACAAAGACGGAAACGGGCUUAUCAGCGCCUCGGAACUGCGUCACGUGAUGACCAAUUUAGGCGAGAAGUUGACGGAUGACGAGGUAGAUGAAAUGAUUCAGGAAGCGGAUGUGGAUGGAGACGGCCAGGUCAACUAUGAAGGUUGGUUUGUUGUUAUUAAUGAUGAUGCUGGUGGCGUGAAUUCGUGCGCAUGA